GCCCGGAGCGCGAGCGGGCGGGCGGGGAGCCGGCGGCCCGGACAAGGAGGGCGCGCGCGCUGGGGGCUGGAGACGGAGAGUGACAGAGAGAGGGAGAGACACAGACACAGAGAGCGGGGCCGCUCGCUCGCUCGCAGUUGAACGUGCCUGCUCUCCAGGAGGCCAACUCCAUCUGACACACGUGCAGCCAUGUCCCAGGUGACGGGUUUCCAAGUGGGCGCCGAGUUCUCGAGCUACAGCGAGCUGCACCGGGAGUUGCGUCGCUACCAGAGGGACAACUCCAUGCAGAUGUUGACCAGGCACACGCGGACCAUCGAGGCGCAGCGGCGACGGGCACCCAAGCGCCCGAUGAACGAUGCGCUGAAGUUUGCCGAGAUCGACUACGUGUGCAAUCAUGGCGGCAAGUUAUUCAAGACCAAAAGAUUCUGCAAACGGCCAAUCCGGAGAACCAACAAGAUGAAGUGUCCGUGUAUCAUUAAAGUCCGUCUUUCUGCAGAUGGAGACAAGUUUGUGGUGAAAGAGAUGAAUGAAUCGCAUAAUCACACAGUGCCGCAGCAUUCAGCCUUAUCACCAACUCCAUCUGACACACGUGCAGCCAUGUCCCAGGUGACGGGUUUCGGAGUGGGCGCCGAGUUCUCGAGCUACAGCGAGCUGCACCGGGAGUUCCGGCGCUACCAGAGGGACAACUCCGUGCAGAUGUGGACCAAGCACUCGCGGACCAUCGAGGCGCAGCGGCGACGGGCACCCAAGCGCCCGAUGAACGAUGCGCUGAAGUUUGCCGAGAUCGACUAUGCGUGUAUUCAUGGUGGCAAGUUAUUGAAGACCAAAGGAUUCGCUAAAUGGCAAAUCAAGAGAAUCAACAAGAUGAAGUGUCCCUGUGUCAUUAAAGUCCGUCUUUCUGCAGAUGGAGACAAGUUUGUGGUGAAAGUGAUAAAUGAAUCGCAUAACCACAUAGUGCCGCAGGAAGAGGAGGAGAGGCUCCAGCACCAAAGGCUCUGUGUUAAAGCGCUGCGCGUGGACACCACUUCUAUCGUCUCGCUGCGGAGUAAUGGAGCGGGUGUCAAGGUGCAGCUGGGGGAGGUUGCCGGCAAGAUGCUCGCUGACGAGGAUGCCCAUAGCCCCGCACGCAAGGAGAAAUGUGGCCAGUUCAAGGUCAACAAAACCGAUUUGGAGAAAAUGGUGCCAACACUGGCGUCCGUCAAGGACGGCACGGUGGUGAUGGUGGUGAACAAGGCCAACAUGUUGCAGGCCAUCUACUACCAGGACGGCCGCAUGAAACAGACCUUCGAGAGGUUCCCCGAGGUGCUGCUGGUGGGCGCCACCUACAGCUGGGCGGGCCUGCAGCUGCCCACAUACCUGCUGCUGGCCAUCAACGGCAACGGGGAGAGCGAGCUGGCGAGCCUGUGGUUCCUGCAGAGCGAGGAGCGCGAGACCGUCCGGCAGCUUCUCCGCAUCUUCAGGCAGAAGAACCCGGCGGCGGAGGGAACGCGGGCGGUGGUGGUCGGCAGCAAGGUGUGCAACGGGGAGCUGGUGACCGAUGUGCUGCCCCACUGCAAACCGCUGGCCUGCCUCGCCCACACCCUGAGCGUCUUCCAGGACGAUGUGACCACCGAGAAGCUGCACCUGACCGCCGGGCAACAGAGCCAGCUGCUGCAGAUCCUGCACAGUAUGUGUUACGCGACGUGGACAGAGGACUACGACCUGCUGUACCGCCAGCUGCUGGACUCCAACGCGGAGAGUGCCGUUGACUACUUCCACAAGACGUGGCACGGGUCGCGCCGCCAGUGGGUGGAGGGCUUCAAGCACGAGAACGAGAGCUACCUCACCAGCUCCCUGCAGCGGGUGCAGGCGCUGAGCCAGAGGCUGGCGGCCACGGUCGAGGACUUCUCCAACGUGACCUCCUUCACCCGGGACCUCCUGAAGGCCGUGGACACGGUGCGGGCAGAGUGCGACCAGCGGGUGUUGCAGAGAGCGCCUCCUGCAGGGCUGGAGGACAACUCCGUCGAGUCUUUCUACCGGGAGCUGCUCACCGACUUUGCCUUCCGCCGGGUGCAGAGGGAGCUGGAGGAAGCGGAGUGGGUCUCCUUCCUCAGUGUGGAGGCCGAUAGGGCCUGGCCCGUGUGUCGGCGCCGGGCCCUCGUGACGGACCAGGCCAGCUGCCAGUGUGCCUUCCGCACCUCCAUGAGGCUCCCCUGCCGGCACGUCCUGGCUCUCCGGCGGCGGCUGGGCUCCGACCUCUUCGAGCCCUCGCUCUGCGCCGGGCGCUGGACGCAGGAGCACUUCCUCGGCGGUCAGUUCCCACCCGCGUCACUGAGGGAGCGGGACAAGGUGCAGCAGGAGCGGUACCGCCAGGCCUUCAAGGUAGCUCGCAAACUCUCCUCCCUCGCCACCCGGUGUCCGGCCGAAGACUUUGGCAGGUGCCUGGAGGUUAUGACGGCCGUCACUGACAUCUGGGCCAGAGGUGGCCAGGUGCAAGUCACCGAAAUCAAUGUGACUGGUGCAACACAGCAAGAAUCGUCUCCAGCCACCGAGGCAAGUUGAAGAUGUGCGUAAGAACUGAUUUCAGAUCUGACUGACCGACAGACAUUGGGAGCCGCUUACAGUCAGUGAUUCACCGAGAUCCCAGGAAUCAGGAUCUGAAGUUGCUUUCUCUUCAUACCCCCGUGUGUACGCUUGUGUGUCUGUGUGUGUACAGAUGCACCCAAUGAACACUGCCAUACAUCGAUCACCAUUGAUAAUAAACUGUCGCUCGGCU